AUGAUGUUCCGUCUCAUGGUAGCCACUAUAAAAGUCCCACAAAUGUGGACCUUAAAUGUUCUAGCGAUGGUUGCUGAAAAGCAUAUCGUGAAAGUCGCGUUAUUCUGUUCAGCUUUAGCUGUUUCCACAUGUCUAAUCGCUAUCCCGUCACUAUUGAAUGAAAUCGGCGAAAUCCACAAUAUGGUCUUAGACUCAGUGGCAGCUUUUCGUGUUGAGACCGAUGCAGCAUGGGCAGAAAUGAUGGACGUACAAAUCGCUGUCUCACCGCCAUCGAAACCGCUACCGAAUCCCUUCACGUCAAUCUUUCGUCAGAAAAGGCAGUUCGCUGGUCUUCCAGCUUGGUGUCAUUGUGAGCCGAUAAGAAUAACAUGUCCUCCAGGACCACCUGGGCCGCCCGGCCAACCAGGACAACCAGGAACUCCUGGUCCUCCAGGAAUGCCAGGAAGAGAUGACAUGACAGUCUACGCUCCAAUACAUUGCCCUGCUCCGGACCGUGCAUGCAUUAGAUGUCCACCAGGACCACCAGGUCCGCCCGGACUCGACGGACCACAAGGACAUCCCGGCAUGGACGGAAGACCUGGGAACCCAGGAACACGUGGAGAGAAUGGUAAACCUGGACCACAAGGUCCACCAGGCGAUCCUGGUAUACCUGGUCACCCCGGGAUGGAUGGAAGACCUGGGCCACCUGGUAUGGAUGGCAGAAAGGGUACCGGCGCGCCAGGUAUGCCUGGACAUCCUGGGGGACGUGGAGAACCUGGGAAAGCUGGAGCUCGUGGGAACGAUGGAUCACCCGGCACACCUGGACCCACGGGACCUCCGGGUCAUCCAGGUGCACCCGGAAAUAAAGGAAUGGACGGGCAACCGGGAGCCAACGGACAACCAGGACGUCCCGGCAAAGAUUCACACUAUUGUCCGUGUCCUCGUCGCAGCGUUGCAACAUCUGCUAAGAAGAAAGUUUAG